CCGGCCGCGAUCUCCAUUCCAUACUCAAUUGCAAUAAUUUCCAAAUCAAACCAAAACAAUUCCUUUUUUUUUUAUUUCCCGUUUUCGCAGCCCAUUAAAUUCAAAACCGUAAACUAGUAAGCCAUUUAUAUUCCGCCGUAAAGUUUCGCCAUGGCCGCCGCGACCCAAAUCGCCCCAAAUCGCCAGUCGGAGCCGAAAUUUCCCACCGCAAUGCCGCGAGGAUCGGGUGCGGUCACGGUGAACCCCAAUCCCAAUCCUGCAGUGCCCAAAUCCCCGGACGGACUCACCGCAUUGGUGGCCAGGAAGAGCAUAACGUCCAUGUCGGAUGAGGAGAUAAUCCAGGAGAACCUCAACGAAAUCCUCGACCUCAAGUCGCGCGAGGAACGAAAAGCUAAUGGACGCCUGGUGGCUGUGAUCGUCUGUUUUCUGGUGCUCUUCCUGGCCGUCUACCACGCCUGCGUUCGGAAGUCGGAGAACUCGCUGGCCGGCGUCCUCGUGCCGGCGGGCAUCAUGCUCUCCUACGGCGCCUGGGUGGCCGUUCUAGCCAAAAGGGACAAGCACCGGCGGGCCAUGUUUGAGCGGCACAUCGAGGAGGUGGCCCUGAAGAACAAGAUCGAGCUGGAGGAGAAGCAUGCCCGCCAUGCGAAGCACUCGCAUUCGCAUCAUGGUCACUCCACGGAUUCCACGGGCAGUGCCUCCAGCACUCUGCACUAUGUGAACGAACUGCUGCCGAAUGGGGAGCACCGCAAGAAGCAGCGACGCCAUCGGCACAAGGAGCGCUCCGGGGAGAGGGAUCAGGAGCAUCAUCAUCAUCAGAGUCAUCAGGAGAUCGGAAUACAUCGAGGGGGGCCGCCCAAGAGGCCCAGUUUCCGGCAGAAGCUCUUCGGCCAGACCAUCGCCCAUGUGAAGCUGGUGGAGGCCCAGAGCGACAGCACGGAUUCCGCUGGCGGAGCGGGUCCGAGUUCAAAGCCAGUUCGGAGUACGAGUUCCCAUAGUAAUCAGAAUCCCAAUCCGAAUCCCAAUCGCCAGCGGCUACAGGUGCCAUAG